CUGAGCUGGAGAUGCAGGGUAGAGAGCCGGUGUGUCUGAGAUCCCGAGCCGUGGACAAAGCGGUGCAUCGGACCAUCCUAAAACCGGAGGCACCUGUACACUGUCUCAAGCCGGACUUCAGCACAAAGAGCUCGAAAAUCCAAGGCUUUAUUUCAGACUUGGAUCAGGAGAAGAUUUACAGUCUGAUUUGAGAUCCAUCCUCUUCCUCUUUGGUUUACUCCAAACCCUUGUAAAAAUGGGGUAAUUGUGUUCUUUCAUUGUCCAUUUAACUAACCUGGAACACGCCGAGGGCAACACUUCUCCUGAUGUCUGAAGAUUCAGACUCCAAGCCCUAUUGCUUCCCGGUGCUGGAAGAUGAGGACGGAGCCUCAGGGUCCAGAGUGUCCACUGCAUGCAGUUCCAUGCCUAGAGGGACCUCGGGGUGCAGCUCCAUGGCACAGCUGCACCGCAUGGGUGGCUACAGCCAAGGUGGGCCUGAGCUGGGCCUCCCGUCAGAGGGCAGUGACAGCAGCGGACAGGACCCUUCUGCCUCCCCACACAACCAUCGGAAGAACGGCCGCUCCCGAUCACUCCCCGAGGAGGACGUCGAGAUGAAAAGCAGUGGGUCCAGCGGCAGUGGCACCGAAUCGCACGGCAACGAAAGCCACGGUAACGAGAGCCAUGGCAACGAGAGCCACAGCCACGAGUCGAUGGGCAGCUCCAACGGCAACAGUAAAGACUCGGCACUGCUGGAAUCUUCUGAAAGCAACAAGAGCUCAAACUCCCACAGUCCGUCUCCUCCCAGCAGCUCAAAUGCCUUCAGUCUGCUGAGCUCGGAGCAGGACAACCCAUCAACCAGCGGCUGCAGCAGCCAAGAGUCCGCCAAAGCUAAGACCCAGAAGGAGGUGAUUAAAACUCUGAAAGAGCUAAAGCUUCACCUGCCUGCUGAGAAAAGACACCAUAACAAGUCCACCACGCUGAACACACUCAAGUACGCGUUGCGCUGUGUCAAACAAGUGGAAGCCAAUGAGGAGUAUUACCAGAUGCUGAUGAUCAACGACAGUCAGCCUUCAGGCCUGGAUGUAUCCUCUUACACGAUAGAGGAGAUAGACAGCAUCACUUCUGAAUACACCCUCAAAAACAACGACAUUUUUGCAGUAGUGGUGUCUCUCAACACAGGACGGAUUGUCUACAUUUCUGAUCAGGCUGCCUCCAUCCUCAACUGCAAAAGAGAUGUGUUCAAGAACACCAAGUUUGUGGAGUUCCUGACACCGCAGGAUGUUAGUGUGUUCUACAGCUUCACGACGCCAUACCGCCUGCCCUCCUGGAGCAUGUGCACCGGAGCAGAGUCAUCCCCGUCUGACUGCAUGCAGGAGAAGUCUUUCUUCUGUCGUAUCAGUGGUGGUAAGGAGUGUGAAAGUGAUCUGCAGUACUAUCCGUUCCGCAUGACACCCUACCUGAUGAGGGUCCAAGACACUGUCCAUGCUGAAGACCAGUUCUGCUGCCUCCUGCUGGCUGAGAGAGUUCACUCCGGGUAUGAUGCUCCCAGAAUUCCGACGGACAAACGCAUCUUCACCACCACACACACUCCGAGUUGUGUGUUUCAGGAUGUGGAUGAGAGAGCAGUUCCUCUCCUCGGGUACCUCCCCCAGGAUCUGAUCGGCACACCAGUCCUUCUGCACCUACAUCCCAAUGACCGACCGAUCAUGCUGGCCAUUCACAGAAAGAUUCUUCAAUAUGCAGGGCAACCAUUUGACCACUCAUCCGUCCGUUUCUGUGCACGAAAUGGAGAAUACAUCAUUCUUGACACCAGCUGGUCCAGUUUCGUCAACCCAUGGAGCCGCAAGGUCUCCUUUGUUAUCGGGAGGCACAAAGUGCGCAUGGGCCCUGUGAACGAAGACGUUUUUGUGGCUCCGGCCUCCACUGUCCCUGAUAUGAAGACCAUGGACUCUGAUAUCCAAGAGUUAACCGAGCAGAUCCAUCGGCUCCUGUUACAGCCGGUUCAUAACAGUGGGUCCAGUGGCUACGGUAGUCUGAGCAGAGACCACCUUUUGAGCAUGACCUCCUCUAGCGAGAGCCUUGACAAUGGCAGCAGGAGCAAAAUGCAACCAGCAGAGGAGGAAGUGAGCGGCAAAGCCAGGCCUCGAACUUUUCAGGAAAUCUGUAAGGAUAUUCAUCUUCAGAAGAGCCAGGAGCAGCACACAACCAAAGCUGACAUCAAGAGAAGCAAUGGCAUAGAGCCUGCACAUAAGAGCUCCGUGGUGGUGCGGCCCAAAGACUCAGCAGCUCCUCUCAACUUGAGGGAGACUGGAGCCAUUAUGGAGGAUAGUAGGUCCUCUUUGCAGGAGGAGAUAACCUUCGAUGAUCAGACCGUCUACUCCUACCAGCAGAUCAGCUGUCUGGACAGUGUUGUCAGGUAUUUGGAGAGCUGUAAUGUUCCCAUCACCAUGAAGAGGAAGUGCCAAUCUUCAUCUAACACCACAUCCUCUAACUCAGAUGAUGGCAAACAGAAAGGGUCAAUCAGCAUGCAAGCAUCUGAAGAACCAGCCUUGAAGGAUCAGUCUGGUCUCUCCACUUUGGACGUUCGAGAUAAAAAGUCCAGCGACGCAGCCUCAGCAGUAGUGGGCACUUCGCUGCCCCUACCUGUACCCAACAAACCAGAAAGUGUGGUCUCCAUAACCAGCCAGUGUAGCUACAGCAGCACCAUAGUGCAUGUAGGGGACAAGAAACCUCAACCAGAGUCAGAGAUCAUAGAAGAUGUCCCGGGAGCAGGAGAGACGGUAGAAUCCCGGCCCGAACCUCCUCCUUCUGUUGUUUCUAAUCCCAGUCAGGAGAGGGAGUCCUACAAGAAACUGGGCUUGACCAAGCAGGUUUUGGCGGCCCACACACAGAAGGAGGAGCAAGCCUUUCUGUAUCGCUUCAGGGAGCUUCGUGGACUCACAGCACUCAAAGCAAACUGUUCGCAUUACCUGGAACGCCAGAGAGAACAGAUCACCACCGAUGCGCCACCCGCUGCUCGAUCCAGCAAGCCGAGCGCAGAGCCCACCACGCGGCGGGGCACACGGAAUAAGAAGACCAAAUCAAAGCGAGCAAAGCAGAUCGAGUCCUCGGACAGCACAGUGUCCCAUCGCAGACAACAACAGCUGCGUCCUCCUCGUCUAAACCAUGGCCUUAAUCCGACCUCUUGGUCUCCCUCUGACACCUCGCAGGCAACUUUUCCCAUGGCUUACCCCUCCGUGAUUCCAGGCUAUCCGUUGCAGGUUUACCCCAGUGCCGGUUCUGCAGCUCCCCACAGUGAUGCCAAUCUACAAGGCUGCAGGGACAACCAGGGCACACAGGGCCCUCCCUGCCCGUCAUCCAUCCAUCCUCCGCCCUACACCGCCCCCAUGGUCACCCCUAUCGUGGCUCUUGUGCUGCCCAACUAUGUGUACCCUCCUAUGGCCACUGGGCUUCCACCCCCACAGCCAGUGUACCCCGCAGAAACUGGUGCUUUCCUCACCCAAACACAGCCUUUUGGUCAGGCUGCCUUUCCAGGCCAGAUCCACUUCGCCGCUCCAGCUUCAUUCAGUGUUCAGAACCAGUUCAACACCCAGAACAACUGUGUUCCUCAGGCAGGCUACCUGACACCGUCGUUCUACUUCCCCCCAACGUCGGAAACCCCAAAGGGUCCUGUUGAGGGCCAGUCUCGCUCCACUACACCGCUGUCUAGAGGAGGGCGCGACUCGGCAUCCCCGCCACUGUUCCAGUCUCGUUGCAGCUCACCCCUCAACCUGCUGGAGCUGGAGCUGUCGGUGGACAGGCAAGACAGCACAGUGCUCUCCUCUGGAGGACAAGGGACUAAUAUGGCUGAAAGGGAGAAAGGAACAAGUGGCAACCAGGCCAAGGAGAGGGAGCUGAAGCAGCCAUCUCUCAGUCUCCUUGGUCCACCUGGACCCUUGUAUUGCGAGGGCACGUCCUGUGUCUGUGAGCGUUUGUCUUGGGAUAAAGUGUUCUCUAGGCUGAGGGCUUGCAGCAAAGAGGCAAGCUCGCGUGGCGACGGGAACAACAGCGACGCCAACUCUUCAUCCAGCGACAUGUUGGACAUUAUUCUCCAUGAGGACUCCUGCUCAGGCAGUGGCUCGGCCACCUCGGGUUCCAUGGGCUCAGGGUUCAAUGGCUGUGGAACUUCAGCCAGCGGGACUUCCAACAGCGGGACAUCUAAGAGCAGGACGUCAGGCAGUGGAGCCUCCGGCAGCGGAACAGGAAGCAACAACAGUAGCAAUUACUUUGGCAGCGUGGACUCUUCCCAGAACAGCCAGAAGGUCAACAGUCACUUGAGCAGCAGCGAGGGCAGGCCGAUGGAGAUGGAGCAGAGCGAACACCUCAUUAAGUAUGUACUGCAGGAUCCGCUGUGGCUGUUCACGGCCAACACAGAUGACAAGGUCAUGAUGACCUAUCAGCUCCCCUCUCGUGACAUCCAGAGUGUGCUCAGGGAGGACAGAGAGAAGCUGAAGCUGCUGCAGAAGAGCCAGCCACGCUUCUCAGAGGAGCAGAAGAAAGAGCUGAUUGAGGUCCACCCCUGGAUGAAGAAGGGAGGUCUGCCCAAAGUAUUAGACGUGAAGGUGUGCUCCUGCUGUGACAGCGCCUCAGAGGCCGCAGCAGCAGCAGAGGCGGCAGAGGAUCAGCCAGACCUGGACAUGGGGGAUACAGACACAGGGGAUGCCGGCUGUCAGCAGAGACCCAGAGAGGAAUCCACAAACACUGUUGUCAUUUCCUGCCACAGCCCUUCUGCUGGCUCCAGCUCUCAGACACAACAAACUAGACAAUGAAACUGCUAAGGACUUUACCUGCAAGCUUGUUGUUGUGCGUGACGGUGAAGAGGGACCCACUUUACAUGGAUCUUACAGGCCCUUUAGUCUUCACAACAAGAUCCUUCAUAACUGUCUCUGUCUUGCUGUUUUUUUUAUAUGAACUGAACCUUUCAGAUAUCAAGGGAAAAGUGGCUCAAAUAGUCAAGCCUUGUAUAAAAUGUGAAUAUACGAAACAACCAUCAAAUUACAUUUUAUUUUAUUCUUAUACGCUUAUACAACAAGCUGCACCAUUUAUCAGUGCUAGCAGGUAGUGCUGGGCUCUAUGACUGUGUACGUUCUUUCAUUUGUUUCUAUGUAGCAUUUAAUGAUUCACAGCACCGAGGGGAAGCCCUUGAUGCACUGAUGAGGAGAUCCAGAGCCCCGUAAGCGACAUACAAUUCAGGUUACACACACCAGGACCUGACCCUGAGUUUUUCUGUUGAGGUUAAUGAAUGAAUUCUUGUGAUGCAGUUUCCUCUGUUACAAUAGCGGAGGGACGACCGCAGCUAUAUGUUAGUGUGUGGUGAGAACGAGCGGAGUUUAAGUCAGCUUGGUUUCAGUCACCCCUGUCAUGCAUAUCCAUCAAGCACAAGUGCACUUUGUAGGCGGCAAGGAAAGAACAAUAUGAAUGAAUAACUCGGGACAGGUGCUAUGUUUGCUCAGAUUAGUUUCUGGUGUUACAUGUAAUCACUGGAUGGAUAUUAAACAGCCACUUGUAUUGUAUACAUAUAAAUUAGAAUGAAGUGGAAAUUCUUAAAUAUAUAUAUAUAUAUAUAUGACUGAGCCCCAGGCACGAUGGAGGCAGUGAUGGAGGCAGUGAAAGCCCUUGAGACUGCACUGAGAAAAGGACAAUCAGGUGUAGCACACACUCUAAACUGAUGCUAUGAUGAUGAUAUAUGAUUUAAAUUUUCUUUGUCACGUGGGGCUACCUGGAUCAUGUUACCUGAUGCACCUUUCAUUCUCCAGUCAUCAGUUUCUAAACAAAGGCUGCUUUUUCUAUGUGUCAGCUGUGAAACUUUUAACUGAUUUCACGUACGCCUCAUUUUAUUUUUGCAUUUCAGUUCUUGUGUGAAUGUUUGUCUUUGACUCUGAGCACACACACACAGCCACACAUAUAUAUAUAUAUAAAUAAUAUUUUUUACAUGCAACAUUGUUGUUUCUGUGCAAAGAGAUUUGUGUUUUUAAGCUGGGACGGAAAGUCCUGCGUGAUCAGGACCAAAAUUAAUAUUAUUUAUUGUAAAUACUCUUUUACAAAUGUGAGUUGUGCAAUCAACCAUAGGACAAUUCCCACCAUGUACUGGAAAAUACUAGAGUAGUAUGUUUUUUGUGGUGGGUGAUAAAAACAAAGAAAGCAGAAUAUGGGUGUUUUUGUUAUUACUGAUGUUAGCCCUCAUGAAUAUGGAGAAGAGCGUCCUGAGCAUCCUGUGGAAGUGCCAGAAGUGACUGGAGCUCAUCACUGUCCAGAACAAACAUGUGGCCACUUCAGAAGUCAACGUUUAGGGUUAUUGCACGGGUGUAAAGCAGCUCAGACAGAUGUCAAAUGACUGUGUGGAAGAGCUUUUCCUCACUUUGAAGCUUAUGCUGUAAUUCGAACAUUUCCUGACUUUGUCAUUUGUCUUUUUGUUAUUUGAACAGACACUGACAACAACGCACCUUUAUAUUUUUAUAUUUUUAUUUUCUCUUUUUUUUGGUUGGUUUAUUUUAUUUUCCUUAACUUUAAUGGCGGACGUUUUCGUCAUAUAAGUUUCUCUCAAUAAAAUGUUGCCUAAUUUACA